UUUAUAUAUACAAGUAUAUACAAGUAUAUAUAUAAUAUAUAUAUAUAUACAUAUGAACCGGAUACCAAGAAACCACCAGAAGCCAGAAGUAGUUUAGCGGUUAGCGGUUUAGCGGGGACAUCAGGUUUGCUUCAGGUUAGACAUCACAACAAACGAAAACGCGGUCAAAUUUCAUAGGAGAAAACAACGUCAAGAACCUUAUGCUUUAAUCAUAAGCCAAAAUUGUACCAUUUCUCAUCGCAUUAUGGCAAAAAACGAGGAGCAAUUCGAUGGAAUUCUCUUGGCAAUGGCACAACAGCACGAAGGCGGUGUUCAAGAGUUAUUGGGCACAUGGUUUGGUUUUCUAGCUAGAAAAACUGAUUUUUUUGAAGGAGGUGUACAAGGAGCCGCGCGUAAGAUGAUUAACACAGAAUUUGAGAAAUAUGAAGCAGCUGCUUUGGCAAAGGUUAAGGCUAAAAAUGCGGAAAGAGUCGAUCAAGAAAAGCGAUCUCAGCGCCUGAAAAAGAAAAUCAAGCCGGCGGAUGAUCUUGUUACGAAUGAUAAUUGUAAAAUUGUUGAGCUGACGGAUGAACAAGCCAAUGAGUUGCAAGCUGAAUUAAACAACAAGGUUUCAACCAAUGAAGAAUCUCCGGUAGCAGGACCAAGCGGGCAUGGUACGGAAGAAAGUGAAACGUUACAAUUGAACGAAGCAGCCGAUAAAAUCCAACCCGAUGAGGAAGAAGAUGAGAAAGAAAUAGGCAAAUUGAAACCCAAUGCCGGAAAUGGUGCUGAUAUGCCUAAUUAUCGGUGGACGCAAACCCUCCAGGAUGUUGAGAUAAGAGUGCCAUUGAAAGUAGCGUUCACAGCUCGACCAAAGGAUGUCGCUGUGAGAAUAACAAAAAAGUAUAUAACUUGUGGUGUCAAAGGGCAACCACCUGUAUUGGAUGGCGAAUUUCCUUAUGAGGUGAAACUUGACGAAUCUACGUGGGUUAUCGAAGACGGCAAAACAAUUUUGAUUAAUUUGGAAAAGGUGAACAAAAUGCAAUGGUGGGCUCAUGUGAUAACAACUGACCCGGAGAUUAGCACGAAAAAAGUUAAUCCUGAGCCUAGUAAAUUAUCGGAUCUCGAUGGGGAGACUCGAGGCCUUGUUGAGAAAAUGAUGUACGAUCAACGUCAGAAGGAACUUGGGCUCCCAACGUCGGACGAACAGAAAAAACAAGACGUUAUAAAAAAGUUCAUGGAACAACAUCCUGAAAUGGAUUUUUCGAAAUGCAAGUUCAAUUAACACUGAUGUCCCUUUGGAUAUCGAGUCAAAGAUGUUAAGUAACACGAAAGCGCAACAAUGUGGUUGAACAAAAUAAUCAAAUGAACAUAUGAUUGCUACAAGUCCGAACGAUAAAUCGAAUAAAUAUCAUCAUAAUUCUUCGAUAUCCGUAUUAUUAGAGUCUGAAUACAUUUUGUUGACAUGGUAAAAGCUGUUUUUACGUAAAUGUUUUUUUUUUCUUCUUCAAUUUCGGUUUCAUAUUCGCUUUGAGAUUUGAAAUUUUCCCGGCGUGGAUACUUGCACAUCAUCAGAAAACUUGAUCGUAUUAGAUACCAAUGAACGUGAACAUUUGCAACCAGUUUAUAAUAUAUGUAAGAAGAGUUAUGUAUUUAAAAUUAUUUCACAAUAAUAUAAAUUUGGUUAACAUUC